CUCGAUCGCGGUAAAGGACAUGUGUAAUUCAACAAUCAGAAGAGGAAGACUGCGCAACGGGAAAAGCUCAAGCUAUUAGAAGUUCGCCUGAGGCGAUGAAAGAGUUGAUAUUCUCUCGUAUCUUCUUGUCGCUUAUCCUGUUGUCUUCUUUUUCUCCGGCAAUUGCCAGAGGUGGCGAGCUCACUUCUCUUUCUUCAGGUCUUCGGAAUAUCAGUUAUGCCGGAUCUACAAGGCGCUUAUUUCAGGAGAACCAGUCUCAAUCGAGUGUUGAUAAAGCUCAUGGUUACAUGACAAAUGCUGAUCUUGAAAAAGCUAUUAUGGAGUUUGCACGGAGAUGUAGUAACAUUUCUAGGAUCUACAGUAUUGGCAAAAGUGUUAAUGGAGUUCCUCUGUGGGUAAUAGAGAUCUCUGACAAGCCUGGGAAGGAAGAGGCUGAACCUGCAUUUAAGUUCAUUGGGAAUGUCCAUGGAGAUGAACCUGUGGGACGCGAGCUCUUGAUACUUCUUGCAAAUUGGAUAUGUGAUAACCAGAUGAAGGAUCCUUUGGCUCGAUUAAUUAUACAAAAUGUUCACCUUCAUAUACUUCCAUCCAUGAAUCCGGAUGGGUUUUCAAUUAAGAGACGUGGUAAUGCAAAUAAUAUUGAUCUAAAUCGGGAUUUCCCGGACCAGUUUUCUCCAUUGAAUGAUGAUGAGGAUAUGCGGCAACCUGAAACUAGAGCAAUUAUGAAUUGGUUGAAAGAAAUACAUUUCACAGCAUCAGCCAGUUUGCAUGGGGGUGCACUUGUUGCAAAUUACCCAUGGGAUGGCACUCCGGACCGAAAGAGCCACUAUUUUUCUUGUCCUGAUGAUGAAACAUUCCGCUUCAUGGCAAGCACAUAUAGCCGCUCUCACUAUAACAUGUCUUUGAGCACAGAAUUCCAAGGAGGGAUCACAAAUGGAGCAUCUUGGUACCCUAUAUAUGGUGGCAUGCAAGACUGGAACUACAUCUAUGCUGGCUGUUUUGAGUUGACCUUGGAGAUCAGUGACAACAAGUGGCCUGAUGCCAAAGAGCUUCCUAUCAUUUGGGAAUACAACAGGAUGAGCAUGCUGAAUCUUGUUGCAAGUCUUGUGAAGACAGGAGUUCAUGGUAGGAUCUUCUCAUCAGACAGUGGAAGGCCAUUGCCUGGUUUUAUCAUGAUCAAAGGAAUAAAUUACACGGUUAAAGCUGGUAGAGCAUUUGCUGAUUAUCAUCGUAUGCUUGCACCUGAAGGGAAAUACCAAGUUGUAGCCACUGUGCCUGGGUACAAAUUGAAGACAACAAGUAUCUGGUUGGGGGCUGAAGCCACAACUGUGGAUUUCAUUCUUGAUCCAGAAGUCACUCCUGGUGAUGGGAAGUUACUGAAAAGCAUCUGUGACUGCAACAAUGAGAGAGAGGCCAGGCGGGUGUUGGCCGGAUUUUUCUGGGGUCCUCACUUGGAAAUUUAUUUUGUUUUGGCUGUUAUCUUAGCAUUCCUUUGCAUUUUGUUACAGAGGAGAAUAAAAUCUAAUCUGUCAAGAUCUAGACAAAUAACAAAACGGUCAAUUGUUGUAUGAGGAUCUCACUGUAAUAUAUUUGUAUGAUUGCCAGUUGAAAUGAAUUUCCAUUUUCCCAAA